AUGCCCGACUGGACAGGGCAGGAGAGUCUGGCCGAGAGCGACCCUGAGAUGUGGACCCUGGUCCAGAAGGAGAAGGAUCGGCAGUGCCGGGGGCUGGAGCUCAUUGCCUCUGAGAAUUUCUGCAGCCGGGCAGCACUGGAAGCCCUGGGCUCCUGCCUCAACAACAAGUACUCGGAAGGGUACCCCGGCAAGAGGUACUAUGGGGGAGCUGAGGUGGUGGACCAGAUCGAGCUGCUGUGCGAGCAGCGGGCUCUGGAGGCAUUCAACUUGGAUCCUGCCUGCUGGGGUGUCAACGUUCAGCCCUACUCGGGGUCUCCAGCCAAUUUCGCAGCCUACACAGCCCUGCUGCAGCCCCACGACCGCCUGAUGGGGCUGGACUUGCCUGAUGGGGGCCACCUCACGCACGGGUACAUGUCGGACAUCAAGAGAAUCUCAGCAACAUCCAUCUUCUUCGAGUCGAUGCCCUACAAACUUGACCCAGCCACAGGGCUGAUUGACUACGACCAGCUGGAGGUGACGGCGCGGCUCUUCCGUCCUCGUCUCAUCAUCGCCGGCACCAGCGCGUAUGCCCGCCUCAUCGACUACGCUCGCAUGAAGAAGGUGUGUGAAGAGGUGAAGGCGUACCUGCUGGCGGACAUGGCGCACAUCAGCGGGCUGGUGGCAGCCAAAGCCAUCCCUUCACCUUUUGAGCACGCAGACCUGGUCACCAGCACCACGCACAAGACCCUGCGCGGUGCCAGGUCAGGGCUGAUCUUCUACCGCAAGGGCGUGCGCUCGGUAGAUAAGAAGACGGGCAAGGAGACGCUCUACGACCUGGAGGACAGGAUCAACUUUGCUGUCUUCCCCUCUCUGCAGGGGGGGCCCCACAACCACGCCAUCGCUGCCGUGGCUGUGGCCCUCAAACAGGCCAGCUCUCCAGCUUUCCGCCAGUACUGCCAGCAGGUGCUGAAGAACGCCAAAGCCAUGGCACAGGCCCUGCUCCAGCGUGGGUACACCCUGGUGUCAGGUGGCACCGACAACCACCUGGUACUGGUGGACCUGCGGCCCAAGGGCAUCGACGGUGCACGGGCUGAGCGGGUGCUGGAGCUCGUCUCCAUCACUGCCAACAAGAACACGUGCCCAGGAGACAAGAGCGCACUCACGCCAGGGGGGCUGCGCCUGGGUGUCCCUGCACUGACCUCCCGCCACUUCCGCGAGCAGGAUUUCCAGAAGGUCGUGGCUUUCAUCGACGAGGGCAUCACGCUGGCCCUGGACGUCAAGAGCAAAACCAGCAAGCUGCAGGACUUCAAGACAUUCUUGCUGAAGGAUGCGGAGACGCAGCGACGCUUGGCUGACCUGCGCCAGCGCGUGGAGACCUUCGCUCGUGCCUUCCCCAUGCCUGGCUUCAGUGACCACUGA